AUGAACGCUCAGAAAAGUCGCUUUGCCUCCCAGACACUCUUCUCCGCCUUAGCUGUAGAGUCAGGGGAUGAAGAAAGUGAGGAGCAGGUCGAAGAGGUCGCAGAGCCAGAAACAACUCCACAGGUAGAGCCUCCAGUGCCACCAACUCUGAAAAUUUCGAAGAGUGCCCUGAAAAAAGCUGCACGAGAAGCCAAACAAAAGGCGCGUUUUGAAGCGCAACAAAAUAAAGAGGAAACCGCGUUACCGAAUGGUAAACUACACGAUGUUGCGCCUUCACCUCCUGGCGCAACUGCAGUUGAAUUUCCUCCGGAAACGACUAUUGAGGAUGCUGCUCAUGGUGUGCAACCCGACCCUUCAACUGCUGCGGUAUCCCAUUCUGCACCUCCGUCUUCUGCUGAGGCACCGGCAACUGAGGAACGAGAACCAGACCAGGUUAAGAUUAACACACAUGAAGAACCAGCUGAAGUCUUUCUGCCCCCAUUGGAACCGGUCGAACCUUUCCAAGUCGUCCAUGAAGCCCCGAGGGAAGUACUCCAGAUCGAAGCCCCGCAUUUCAACUCGAACGCACCACCACCGUCUCGGGACGAAAAGAAGAAGCAGAAUCUCACAACGCGAACCCUCUGGACAUUCAUCAUGAUUGGCGGUUUCAUCGGGCUAUUGCUCCUCGGGCACGCCUACUUGAUCAUUCUGGUUAUGCUCUGUCAGACUCUUGUGUAUAGGGAGGUGACUGCGCUGUUUUCUCUGAAAGGGACGCCACAACCUGGCUUCAGCGAACGAAGGAACGGGAAUGGGAACGGGAAGGAUCCUUGGAGUAAGACUCUCAACUGGUAUUUCUUCGCCGUCACGAAUUACUUUUUAUACGGAGAGAGUAUCAUCUAUUACUUCAAGCAUGUCGUAUUCUCUGACGCUCAACUUCACGCGUUCGCAACCAACCAUCGUAUCAUCAGCUUUACGCUAUACACCAUCGGAUUUGUGGGCUUCGUUACAUCAUUAAAGAAAGGCUAUCUCAAGCAGCAAUUCGGAUUAUUUUGCUGGGUUCACAUGAGCCUCCUUCUCAUAGUAGUCUCUAGCCAUUUCGUUGUCAACAAUAUUCUGGAAGGGCUGAUAUGGUUCUGGGUACCGGCGUCGCUGGUGAUUUGCAACGACUGUUUUGCAUACCUUUGCGGAAUCACUCUCGGACGCACACCGCUAAUCAAACUCUCACCGAAAAAAACAGUCGAAGGAUUUUUGGGCGCGUUCUGGUGUACGAUGGUGUUUAGCUUGCUAUGGGGCGCUUACUUCAUGCGUUUCAAGUAUAUGAUAUGUCCAGUGCAUGACUUGGGUGUCAACGCGUGGAGCAAUGUCGAUUGUGUGCCAAACCCCGUCUUUCAAUGGAAAGAGUGGACAAUCCCUGAACCGUUCACCUCACUGCUCUCUACAGCACUCGGACGCACUGUGACGACCAGUCCAUAUGUUCCAUAUUUCGGACAUCUUUUGGUGAUGUCAAGCUUCGCUUCUCUUGUCGCACCUUUCGGUGGUUUCUUCGCUUCUGGUUUCAAACGUGCUUUCAAUAUCAAAGAUUUUGGCCAUAGCAUUCCUGGACAUGGGGGCAUGACGGAUCGGAUGGAUUGCCAAUUCUUAAUGGGUGUUUUCACUUACGUCUAUUACAGUAGCUUGAUACGCCAACAUUCUGUGAGUGUCGGUUCUGUUCUGCAGACCAUAGUCCGUGGUCUUGCGGUCGAAGAGCAGCUCGAGUUAAUCGCUGAUCUGCGAAAAUAUUUGGACGGGAUGGGCGUACAAGUUCCUGGUUGA